AUGCACGAGACGCUGCACGGCUUCCCUGGGAUGCUAGGGACCAUCGACUGUAUGCACUGGCAGUGGAAGAAUUGCCCGACGGCGUGGAGAGGCCAAUUUACCAGCGUCUACAAGGACAGCCACCCUACGAUGAUCCUGGAAGCCGUCGUUGACCAUCGCCUCUGGAUCUGGCAUGCCUACUUCGGUGUAGCCGGGUUGAACAACGACAUCAACGUCCUCAACUCGUCCACCCUCUUCGCGGAUCAGUGCAGGGGUCGUGGACCGGCUAUCGAGUUCACUGCCAACGGCCGCAGACAUCAUAUGGGGUACUACUUGGCCGAUGACAUAUACCCAAGGUGGCCUGUUUUUUUAAAGACGAUCAGCUGCCCAAUUGGUGAGGGGAGAGUCUUAUUUGCGGCAAAGCAGGAGUCUGCGCGGAAGGAUGUGGAGCGGGCUUUUGGGGUGCUCCAAUCGCGGUGUGCAAUCGUGAAAGAUCCAACGCGUUCCUGGUACAAGGAAGUCAUCGCCGACGUUAUGUAUGCGUGCAUCAUCAUGCAUAACAUGAUAGUCGAACAAGAAGUUGGACAUGUCACCGAUUGGGUGGAUGAUGAAGCCGGACCUAGCUCCAGCACGACGACCCCGCCAGUCGCUCGAGAAUUACCGAUGGGCUUCGGUGAGGUUCUACAUCGACAGACCUCAAUGCGCAGCCAACAAGACCAUAUUCUGCUCAUGACCGACAUGAUUGAAGAAGUUAAGAACUGCAACCGCCGUUGA